UUCUCCGCAAUGAACUGCAACUGACAGAGAACUGUCUGAAAGUGAAUUACAAGUCUUACUGUGUUUGGCAUCAGAGGCAAUGGAUUAUCGGCAAUAUGACAGAUCCUGACCUCAAGAACGAAAUAUCGCUUUGCAAUCAAUUGCUUCAAUUGGAUGAAAGAAACUUUCACUGUUGGGAUUACCGGACAUUUGUGUCUAAAUUGGCAAAAGCUAGCGAAGAAGAGGGCCUCGAGUUUACGUUACAUAAGAUUCAGCAGAACUUCUCGAACUUCAGUUCCUGGUAUCACCGGAGCUGUCUGUUCAGGUCAGCCGUGGCCAGUGAUGACGGCUAUGACUUUAGCCAACAGUGGAAAAAGGAGUACGAUUUGGUAGAGAACGCCAUAUUCACGGACCCGACCGACCAGUCCGCCUGGUUUUACCACAAAUGGCUCGUUUCCACCAAUUAUGGACACAAUAUUCUUAAUGCAAAACAAUUGGGUUACGAAAAUGUGGUCAAAAUUAAUAGAGUUGUUUUCAAUACAACUCACGCUUUACUUGUUGUCAGUCUUUCCCGUCCUCUCAAACACAAGCCUUUGAUAUCUGUUGUGAUAAACAAUCAAAUGGUGACUAAUUCUGACUGGAAUUCUCCUAAUGAUGUCGACUCUAAUGUUUGGUUCAUUCAUUUGGAUACCAUUCCGAUCACUCAAUUCAAUGGACUCACUAUUAGUCCGAUUCCUACGUUUGCCGUAAACUCAGAAUCCGUUGAAUUGCUUGAUAUAAAAGUCGAUGACAUGAAUAAUACAACUGAAAAAGUGUUUGUUUGGGAGCGAAAGUCACACAAUUUGGACCAACAGUUGACUUUAGAGGAGAGUUAUCUGAAAACGUUACGCGAAUUACAGAAAUUAGAGCCAAACAAUAAGUGGGUUAACCUAACUCUGGCCUGGACUGAGCCCAAUAGAGUGCACGUAAACUCUAUAUUUGAUCAGCUCAUCAAAUUGGAUCCCUUGAGAACCAACUAUUAUAAAGACUUA